AUGCUCGCUCAAGGCCUCAUCACAUUUUUCCUCGCCUCCACGGCCUUUGCUGCCCCGGCCCGCCGCGAGCAGGUCAAGUCCAUGUCCUCGUCGGCUGCCAAGGAGUGGACCGUGCUGGACAUGUCCCGGGACUGCAACAAGGACGACACCAAGUGCACCUGGACCUUUAGCGUUGACAAGAAUGAGGACGGCUUUGAGCCCGUGGACUGCGAGUACAUCAUCGAGGGCGAUCCCGCCUCGGAGACGCCCGGCGUCACCCCCCAGUCCUGCGAGCCCUUCACCAUCACCUCGGGCUACGACAGCAGCGGCUUCACUGUCCUGUCCAUCGUCGACUACGACACGGGCAAGAUUGUGUGGGCCGGCUACAAUGACGACGUCCUCGAAAACGGCGAGACUGUCACCCCUGACCGCAGCUGGGCCGUCUCUGAUCUCCCCUGA